AUGGACGACCAAACGCCGGCCCCGCGGCCGCCCCUCUACUACCGCGUCCUCGACGAAGUCGGGCUCGUGACGCUCUUCCGCUCGCCGCGCGACAUCAAGCUGCUGUGCCUGCAGCGGUUCGUGCGGCUCUUCGCGUACGGCGUGACGACGCUGAUCCUCGUGGCCUUUCUGCAGGCGCUGGGGCACUCGCGCACGCGCGUCGGGCUCUUCAUGACGCUCACGCUCGUGGGCGACGUCGUCAUCAGCUUCGUGCUCACGCUCUUCGCGGACCGGCUCGGGCGCAAGGCCAUCCUGGCGCUCGGCGCGCUGCUCAUGGCCGCCAGCGGCGCCGUCUUCGCCCUGUGCUCCAACUACUGGCUGCUGCUGCUCGCCGCCGUGCUCGGCGUCAUCAGCCCGGCCGGCAACGAGAUUGGGCCCUUUCGCGCCGUCGAGGAGAGCAUCGUCGCCCACCUGACGCCCGCCGAGCAGCGCGCCGAGGUCUACGCCUGGUACACGCUGUUCGCCCCCGCCGGCUCCGCCUUUGGCAUGAUGGCGAGCGGCUGGGCCAUUGAGGCCGCGCGCCGCACGCUGCACUGGUCGCUGCUCGGCGCGUACCGCGGCGCCUUUGUCGCGUAUGCUGUCUUUGGCCUGCUCAAGUUCUUGCUGACCAUUAUGCUGUCCCGCGCCGUAGAGCUCGACGAGGCCCCGCCUGCGCCGGCAGACGUGGCUGAUGAGCGUGCGCCGCUGCUCAGUGCCAAUGGGGCUGCUCCGGCCGAGCCUCCUUCGAAGAAGAGCCGGUGGGCAUCCAUGCUUCCCCACAUCAGCCCGGAGAGCAAAAAGAUUACCGCUAUUCUAUGCGUCCUGUUUGCCAUUGAUUCGCUGGGCUCCGGUCUGGCCUCCCUCUCAUGGGUAACCUACUACUUCCGGAGCCAAUUCGGUAUCGAAGAAGGGAAGCUGGGGUCUCUCUUCUUUACGACGAGUAUUAUUUCGGCCAUGACGGUAUUGAUAGCAUCGUCCAUUGCGAAGCGUCUCGGAAACGUCAAGACCAUGGUCUUUACGCAUCUCCCGUCGGCAGUGUUUCUGGCCUUGAUCCCGAUCCCGUCGGACCCCAAAUUUGCAAUAAUGUUUCUGGUUUUGCGCGCUUCGCUGCAGAGCAUGGAUAGUGCGCCAAGAACUGCAUUCAUGGCCACCAUUCUGCAACCGGGAGAACGGACUUCCGUCAUGGGCGCAGUCAACGUCGUCAAGACGACUGCGCAGAGCAUGGGCCCUCUGAUUACUGGUGUGUUGGCCAGUCACAAGUUCUUUUGGCUGACGUUUGUGAUUGCCGGAUCUCUCAAGGGAACAUAUGACUUGCUGCUGCUAGCCGUCUUUAAGAACUACGGAAGACAUCGAACCGGUUGA